UGAUGAUUAAUUUUUCUGGUCCGUCGCGCAACUGUCAAGUCGUGAGUUGCCAAUAGCAACAGCUCUUGCGCGUUUAUUUUCAACUUUAACGACAUUUAAAACGAAAUGUGAAUUAUUCCAAGCGCUAAAAGAAACCGGUUACACUUAGUUUUGUUUCGCCGUUGAAGACAAACAUGGGUUUGGGACAGAACCGGGCGCGUUUGCUGUGCAUGCUGUCCUUAACGCUCGUGUUUUUCGUCGUUGAAGUUGUGGUGAGCAGGAUAACUGCGUCCCUCGCGAUGCUGUCCGACUCUUUUCACAUGCUGUCGGACGUGAUCGCGCUGAUAGUGGCUUUAAUCGCGGUGGGCUUCGCGGAGACGGCUCGCGUUACAAGUAAAAACACGUACGGGUGGAUCCGAGCAGAAGUGAUGGGAGCGCUGGUUAACGCCGUGUUUCUGACGGCCCUCUGCUUCACCAUCGCGCUGGAGGCGGUCGAGCGCUACACGCUGCCGCACGAGAUCGAGAAUCCGCGCGUGGUCAUCUGGGUCGGCGUCGCCGGUCUCCUCGUGAACGUCCUCGGUCUUUUCCUGUUCCACGGGCACGCGGGGUUCGGCGGGCACGGGCACUCUCAUGGGGGUCACUCUCAUGCGGGUCACUCUCAUGGGGGUCACUCUCACUCCGGACACCCUCACCUCCACAAGACAACCCGCAGGGAGUAUGAAAAACCAAAAGCACACGAAGAAGCCUACAAUCUCAUGAUAAACAGCAACAGCUCUCAAGGAGAUCGAGCCUCUGAUCUAAAACCAGGCAGCCUGAACAUCAAAAUCACCGCUAAGGGCUCGUUGGAGGACCUGGACCACAGCCCCGAGUCGGCCUCCCAGAUGAACAUGCGCGGGGUGUUCCUGCACGUGCUCGGUGACGCCUUAGGCUCCGUCAUUGUGGUGGUCAACGCCUUGAUCUUCACUUUCGUGUGGACACCGUGCCAGAGCGACGCAGUCUGUUUCAACCCCUGCAUGUCUCUCUCUCUCUCUCUCUCUCUCUCAAGGGCAUGUCUCUCUCUCUCUGUGUUAACAGCAUGUCUCUCUCUCUCUCUCUCUCUCCACACAGGUGUACUGCUUCAUGUUCUGAACGACGCGCUGGGCUCGGUGGUGGUGGUGGUGGCCUCGGCUCUGUUCUACGUGUGGCCCCUGGCCCCUGAGAGCCCGUGUAACUGGCAGUGUUACGUGGACCCCAGUCUGACGCUGGUCAUGGUGGCCAUCAUCAUGUCGUCAGCCGCUCCUCUGGUCAAAGAAACGACGGGGAUCCUGCUGCAGAUGAGUCCUCCGGACCUGCAGCUCAGCUCUGUCUUGGAGAGUGUGUGUAAGCUCCCGGGCGUGGCGAGCGUUCACGAGGCUCACGUCUGGGAGUUAUCUAAAGGACGAAACGUGGCCUCGCUGCACGUGAAGGUGAGCGCUGACCUGCAGGAUUCGACCCUUCAGACUCAGAUCCAGCAGCUGUUCCAGCGCGCCGGGGUCCACAGCGUCACGGUUCAGCUGGAGCGAGCCGACGUAGAGAUGUCCUGCUGUCCUCCGGCCUCCAGAGACGUGACCGUCGACAUGCUGCCCGAGAAAGAGAAGCAGAUAUCAGCUAAACACACAGAGAGCACCAAGUUCUGAAGGACUGGAACACAGAACAAACAGACCUGGUUUUAUUCCUCCUCACGACUGUGCCUCGCUGCCCUUUAAGACUCCAGCUAAUGAUUCCUAGUAAUUGCACUCGGUUAGUUUGAGACGCGAGUUUGACGGGACCCAGAUCAACAGUCGAAUUAUUCAGCAGCUUAUUUAUUGCUCUGAAAGAGAGACAUGUCCAGCUCAUAUUUCAGCCCAAAAUAACAGAAUAAAAAAACACACAAAUCAAGCCAAAGUCUCACGAGUGUGUAAAGAAUGUAAACAUGAAGAUAGUAUUUGCUGUAGUGCCUUUAAUGCUUACGCUGAUGUAUGUAAUAAAUAGUAAUCUAUUACAGUAAUAUGCAAAAUAUUUUUUAAAUUAGUUCCUUUUGAUUUUGGGGUGAAAUUUAACCUGGACAUAGUUUCAAGAGAUUUGUUCUGAUAGCGUGUUUGCAUUCCUUGCUGUUAUUUAUGACAUUUUGCUCUUAAUGAUCUUUAUAACUUGCUAAUUCAGGGAAAUAUGAUUAGUUGUUGUUGUGUGUGAGUGUGUGUGUGUGUGUGUGUGUUUGAAAGACAAUCAAAUGUACUUCAAAACUGUAUACACUUAUAUUAAACAUUCUGGUUGAAAUCAAA